ACUUCCUGCUUCGGUUUGUUGUAUUCAUUAGCACUGAUCAUGGCUGCAGAGGGUGAUUUUCUGGCGAGAUACCGCGCUGUGUCAAAUAAACUGAAAAAACGUUUUCUACGGAAGCCCAAUGUAGCAGAGGCGAGUGAGCAGUUUGGUCAGUUAGCCAAAGAGCUGAAGCAGCAGGACUGCCUCCAGUAUGCUGCCUUCUGUAACCUGGCCAUGGCCAGGUGCGAGCAGACUCUUUUUAACGCACCUGGAGAGGCUCUGGCGUUAACUGACGCCGCCCGCCUCUUUCUAUCAUCUGAGAAGGAGAAUAGGGCGCUGCAGGCCCCGGGCUUUGAUGAGCACCUUCAGGCUGCACUCAACUGUUACAGUUUUGCCAUCAAGGUGCACAUUGAGAUGAACCAGCCUGUGAUGGCAGCCAGCCUGUGUCUAGAACUUGGCAACGCGCUCAAGGAGAUGAACAGACCAGGAGAGGCUAUUGUUCAUUACCAGAGGGCUGCAGAGUUGCAGACACAGACGCCAAUUGAAGCUCUGCUGUCAAUGGGCGAGAUGGCCACGUGUAAAAUUCUCACCCGUGACUAUGAUGGUGCUCUGUCAGUGUUCACAGAGAUGCAGCUGAUGUGUCACGAGAGAGGACUGCAGCUUCCAGGCAUCAGCACCCCUGUUGGUGCAUUUCUGGACAUUGUGGCAAAAUGUGAGAUCUCCAGAGUACUACUGCUGAUGCUGCUUGAGCCCCCGCCACAGAAGCUGUUGCCAGAACAUGCUCAGACUCUGGAGAGAUACGCAUGGGAAUCUUUUGACCCUCACAGCCAAGUGACCUUCCUGCCUGAGAAUGUUUUCCUGCUCCUGCAGUCCGUAGUGAUGGCGUGUCAGGAGAAAGACACAGAGUCCCUCAAGUCUCUUCAGACUGAGCUAUGGCCGUUUCUGACUGCAGAGCAGAAUCAUCUUCUCCACCUGGUGGUUCAGGAGCGCAUCACGCCGUCUGGCCAAGGCAUUUAGUUCAGUCAAGUUUUUACUCACUUCCUCUGGGAACGAUACUUUAUAUAAUGGAACAUUCCUGUUUCUGACUGGGUCUGUUGUAAGGCCUCAAGACGUGCUGUCUCAAUGUUGUAACUUGGACUCAGAGAAAUGCUCGCAAUAUGAAACUUUGUCCUUAUUAAGUGAAGUCACACCGAUUUAAAAAUAGUAAAGUAAUAAUAGUAAAAAAGUAUUUUCU